GUACGAUAGAUACUUAAUGAAGUAAAGUUGAAACAAACUCCCUUUUGUACGGGACAAGACACGCAAUGAGCCAUAUAUAAGGCAUGUCGCUCGAGCUAGAGCCGCCAUUCCUCAGCAUCGCUCGCAUCGCCUUGGCUCACAUCCUCGUACUCGGCAUCAACUUGCCGUUCGUCUUCACCCCGAACAUCAUACCCAUCAUCUUCCGCAUCCUCAGUACCAAGUAUAGUCACCCCAUCUAAAUCUUCACCAUCAGUUUCUUUGUUUUCGUCACGGUUGGUACUUUCGAGCCCAGUCGCCUCAAACCCAUCAUCUUCCCGACCUUCAGAAUCAGAGCCCUCCCGAGUCCCAGAUACUACCUCUUCAUCUUCACCAAAAAUCCCAAUCUCUUUCCCAUCAUCCAAUACCUCUCCAUUUCUCAACUUAUCCACCAUCUUCAAGGCCUCACGCUGUCCCUCGAGGGCUUCCUUCCUCUGUCUAGACAC